AUGGCUACUUUAAACUUGUCCACUAAUGGACCAACCAUCUCGAAAAGCUAUUGGGCUGUGGUCGAAGCCUCAGUUCCAACGGGACCUGCCGCUGCCUCGCCAACAUAUGGACAGUGGGCCAUAUUUGCCGUAUCCACACCUCUAGUCAAUGCAUUUCAACAAGAUAAUGCAGGGAAGGAAAGCGUCUUGAAGGUCCAGAGCAGCGGAGAGGGAGAACUAGAAGACCUUAUUGAGGAUUUCUCUGAUGGGAAAAUACAAUUCGCCUACGUGAAGGUCAAAGAUCCAAAUACCGGACUUCCGAAAAACGUUCUUAUUGGCUGGUGUGGUGAGGGAGUCCCAGAAAGAACAAAGGGAUAUUUUACAAGCCAUCUAGCUGCCGUGUCUAAGGUUUUACAUGGAUACCAUGUCCAAAUUACCGCUCGAUCGGAUCGUGAUCUAACCCCAGAAAGUAUUGUACAGAAAGUUGCAGAUUCAUCUGGUGCAAAGUACUCCGUAGGAGAUUCUCCAGCAACCUUCAGCGCCGCCUCCAAACAACCUGUCGCAUCCAAAACAGUUUUUAACCCCGCAAGGACCGGUUCAAACUUCAAGCCCCUGGGUGCAACUCACCCUAAGAGUUCACACGGAGAGCAGAGGGUAGAUGAUGAUGGAUGGGGAGAAGAUGCGCCACCGGUUACAAGAACGCAACUCGAGAAGGUCAAACCGGCAUAUCAGCCAACCAAGGUUAACAUGCAGGAGCUCAUAUCCCAGGAAUCGCACACAUCAAAUAUCGCUCCUCGUCCUUUGGAGGAUAAUUCUUCCUGCGACAUCGUAAAAGGUGAUUAUCAACCAAUUGGAAAAGUUGACAUCGCUGCCAUUCGUCGCCAGGCGCGUGAGUCCGGUCAGUCUCAAGAUGAUCGUCCUGAACCAGUGAAAGGAGCAUACGAACCCGUCGGAAAGGUGGAUAUUGCUGCGAUUCGAGCCAGGGCGCAGGGCCAAUCUGAAGGGCCACGGGCGCCAGUAAAAUUUACACCUCCAGUGGUCACUGGAGAUUCCACUGGUAGUGAGGAACGGAGAAACAUCGUUGAACGGUCUGCUGCAUUCUCUUCCGGGGUCAGGUUAACAAGUCUUCCUAAACCAAAAGUUGCCAAUAGAUUUACAGUCGCUUCCGCUUUCACUGGUACCAAAGCUCCAGUUCCUGGUGGAUUCGAGGCAACUCCAACCGCGAACGCUACUACCGUGUCAGGUGCAAGUCGAACAUUUGCGGAUCAAGGAGGGAAGACACCAGCUCAACUGUGGGCUGAAAAUAAAGCACGGGAGAGGGGUGGUGCAGUGGGGAGUGAGACUCCGUCCACCGGCAUUCAACAGCCACUGCAAAGCCAGUCCAGCGGCGGAGGUGGAUGGAAAAGUUCUUACGCUGGCAAAUCUUGGGAACCGGUUAAAACUACACACACGGGUAGCGGUGGUAUAGCCCAUCAAUAUUCGGGUAGCGAACAUGGGAGAUCCAGUACUCCCCAAAACCCCAAAGAAGAACCAGAGGAUGUCCCACGUGGAGGUGUGGGUUUCAUCCGGGAUCGUUUCGUGAAUGCCCCUCCAAUGGGCGCUGCCGCACCAGAGUUCCCCUACGAGCGUUCUGCACCGUCCCCGCCAGCCUUAGAUACCACCAGUAAGCCAAGUGCAGCUCGCGACGUACCUAAUUCUGUACCGCCACUUCAACCCACUGAACCUGAAGAACCACACGAAGAUCAACACCAGGAAGUACCCACCCCGCCCCAGCAACCACGCUCCCCAACUCCAGAAUCUCCCGCCUUUGCUCAACCAAGUUCUCCCAUUCGAAUUGCUCUGCCGGUAGGUAUGGGAUCCGCAAAUGAGAAGGUGCCCGAUGCGCACGAGGAGCAGUAUUCUCCCCCAACUGCUCUACCGAUCCGCUCGCUUGAGCAGCAAGUUCCACGCGAAGAAGAUCUGGACGAUGAGCGUAAUCACGACGAAGCCCGCGCCGUCGCCCAAGCCUCUGCAUCCGAACAUCAUCCCGAACCAGCAGCCAAAUCUGGUCCUUCUGUUCGCGCCCUAGUCGUAUAUGAUUACGAGAAAACGGAGGAUAAUGAAAUUGACCUGUGUGAGGGCGAAUAUGUUAUGGAGAUCGACAUGGUGAGUGAUGAUUGGUGGAUGGGUAUCAAUGCCCGUGGGGAGCGUGGACUGUUCCCUCAAAACUAUGUCGAGGUCGCCUCGACACCGAAUCAACUGGCGCCAGCAUCGGGAUCCGACCCUGCGCAUCCACCCGCCACUGGGCGGACGGCAACUGCACAGUAUGACUACGAAGCUGCUGAGGAUAAUGAACUAGGAUUCCCUGAAGGAGCGACGAUCACAAAUAUUGAAUUCCCCGACGAGGACUGGUGGCAUGGCGAAUACAAUGGCCAAAGCGGUCUAUUCCCAUCUAACUAUGUUGAAUUGAAUUGA